AUGUCCCCUCCUGGCAGCCCUGCCUGCAACACUGAUAUAGAUGAAUGCAGCCUCCCCAGUCGUCCAUGUUCACAGAAUCCAUUUGUGCAGUGCCACAACACACCAGGUUCCUACUCCUGUGAUCCCUGCCCCACAGGCUGGCAAGGAAAUGGCUACAGUUGCCAAGACAUUGAUGAAUGUGAAAGUAAUAAUGGAGGCUGCUCAACAGCGCCAAUGGUUCAAUGCAUCAACACAAUGGGAUCCUUCCACUGUGGGCUCUGUCCACCAGGUUAUGAGGGAGAUGGACAAACAUGUACACAGGUUGAUAUCUGCUCAAUAAAUAAUGGAGGAUGCCAUCCUUUGGCUACUUGUACCUCAGCUCCAGGGCCAAUGCCAUUUUGUUCCUGCACAUCUGGGUACACUGGAAGUGGAUAUGGGCCGAACGGGUGCUCUCCUCUCAGUGGUAUCUGUCAGCUGCAAAACCCUUGUGCAAAUGGGCAAUGCUUGCCAAUGAUCUCUGGAUAUUUCUGCCUGUGUAAUGCGGGCUGGACGGGCCCCAACUGUACGGAGAACAUUGACGAAUGCAUUAGCAACCCAUGCCAGAACGGAGGGAACUGCACCGAUGGGGUCAACGGCUACUCCUGCGAGUGCACCAGCGCCUGGACAGGACCACAGUGCCAGACUGCCCAGCAAGCUUGUGGAGGAUAUCUCUCAGGCUCCACGGGGACUUUCAGUUACCCUAACAACCCAAACAGCCAGCGGUACAACAGUGGGGUCAGCUGCGCUUGGGUUAUUCAAACUAAUCCCAGCAAGAUUCUGCGUAUUAUUUUCCCAUUCUUCCAACUGGAGGCAAGUAAUGAGUGUAACUCUGACUUCCUUCAAAUCCAUGAUGGGCCUUCAGCGUCAAUGCACAUGCUGGGAAAAUACUGUGGUUCCUCACCUCCUUCAGAGCUUUUCAGUUCCCACAACUCCCUGUAUUUUUGGUUCUACUCAAACCACACCAUUACGGCUGGAGGUUUUACUGUUCAGUGGGAAUCUCGGGAUCCUG